AAAAAAAGGCAAAACCAUGCAUCUCUCAAGAACAGUAGGAUUCUUCCAUGUAACCAUGGUCUUACUUGGAACCAUUAUAGGGACAGGGAUUUUUGUGUCUCCUAAAGGAGUAUUAAAAUACUCCUCACUGAACAUCCCUGUUUCUCUUGGUAUUUGGGCAGGUUGUGGCCUGCUGACCAUGCUGAAUGCUCUCUCUUUGGUAGAGCUGGCAACGACCUUUCCUGUGAGUGGAGCAUCUUAUUAUUUCCUGAAGAGAUCUCUUGGAUCCCUUGCUGCUUUUCUGAGUCUCUGGAUUCAACUUUUUUCUUAUUGUCUAGGCCUGGGUGCUCACACCUUACUAAUAGCUACUUAUCUAAUUCAACCUUUCUAUACUGGGUGCCCAGCUCCAGAACUUCCAAUUAAAUGCCUGUCUGUGGCUAUUUUGUGGUCAUUUGGAAUUCUCAAUGCUGGAGGAGUGAAAACAGUGGCUUGGCUUCAGACUAUCAGCAGUAUGAUAAAGAUGAGUAUUCUUUGUUUCAUUUCUCUAACUGGGCUUGUGCUGUUAGUGAUUGGCAAAAAGGAAAAUGUGUCCAGGUUUGAGAAUGCUUUGGAUGCUGAACUUCCUAAUGCCUCGCAAACUGUAGAAGCCAUUCUCCAAGGAUGUUUUGCAUACAGAGGAAUAUUCAUCGUGAUCAACAUAGCAGGUGAGAUAAAAAAUCCUUCUAAAAUAAUUCCCAAGGCUGUGAUUUCUUGUCUUUCCAUCACAAUUAUGUCUUAUUUACUGGCUAAUGUAGCCUAUUUGACAGUUUUAACACCAAAAGAAAUUACGACUUCAGAUUCUGUUGUUAUCACAUGGGUAAACAGAGCAUACCCUUCCAUGCAAUGGGUUAUGUCUUUGGGGAUCUCCCUCUCAUCAUUGACCACCACUGCCUGUGGAAUACUUUCAGCAGCAAGGAUUUGCUACUCUGCAAGCCUAGAAGGACAGAUGCCAUUCAUCUUCUCAAUGCUUAAUAACCAUCAGAGUCCUGUUGUAGCAGUCACUCAAGUUGUUAUUUUAUCCACAGUUUCAAUAAUAUGUUCAAACUUAACCUAUUUGAUAAAAUAUUUAGGAAUAAUGAGCAUUUUCGAUGAUGUGCUAUAUAUGAUAGCUAUACUUAAACUGAGGUACCAGAAGCCAGCUCUUCCUAGACCUUAUAAGGUGUGCCUGCCAUUGGUAUUUGGAUCUUUAGCUCUGUCUUCAUUUUUCCUUUUGGCACCAAUAAUUCAGUCUCCUAAUAUCGAGCAUAUCUAUGAAGGUUUAUUUCUUUUAAGUGGAUUUGUGGUAUACUGGCUUCAAGUUUACCUUUAUCGACAUGCUGAUCGUUUUAAAACAAUAACGUGUUAUUUGCAAUUGCUAUUUAAUGUUUUACCAUCUGACGAACAAGACAAAAAACUUUGUUCUGAAUAA